AUGGGGUAUCAUGAUUUGUUUCAUCUGAACAAGGGAACAAAGAAAGACAAGGAAGCCAAGGGGAAAAAAGAAAAUAAGAAAAGAGAUGUGUUGGUUGGAAGGUUUCUCCAUCGGUCACAUCGGGUGGAAGGCACAUCCACUGAGGAUUUGGGAUCCCACUCUUCUCAAGAGAUUGCUAGACCCACGAUCGCCGGCUCCUCGGUAGCUCCUUCUUCGAUUCUUCUUUCGUCAUCGAGCUGUCUAGAAGGUCAUCAGUCUGUCGAUGCCGUUACAAAUGUCUCAGAUAUACAACCAAAUAUUACCUCAGCCUCUGCUGUUCCUUCUGCGUUGAAGGAAGUAGGAACCGGCGAUAUCCAAGAGCCUCACAAGGAGGCGACUCUGACAUCCAACUCUACGAGCCAUAGUAAUGACUUAUGGGAUGAGGGUUUCCAAAGCCUGUCACCAGAAGAGCGGCAGCAGCUUCAAAUCAUAAUAGAGGAAGCAAAGACACAACCCGAUCCGACAACAAAACCAAUGAAGUUCCCCCAUGAGGGGGCUCAAAUACUCAUCGCGAUUGCUCAGAAAAAUCAAGACGAAUGGAAGGACCGACGCUGGAAGUUUGAGGUUCAUGGUCAUGAAAUCGAGCCGAGAACUUACACAAAAAGCAUCAUCUCUUGCCUGAGUACCGCCGGCGAUAUUGGUGUCAACUACCUACCCCAGCCGGCAAGUAUUGUCUGGCCUUUGGUCAAAGGUCUCAUGCAGGUUCCUAUCAAUGCAGAUGCAGAAAUCGGUGCCGCUCUCAUGACUGCAGAGACAGUUGUGCGAACAAUCAGUUGUGGGCACUUAUAUGAAGAGAUCUACCUUGGAAAAAUCGAAGGGGAGCUUCGGGAAUCCCUUCGGUCGGCCCUAGUGCAGGUCUAUGCUGCAUCGUUGAAGCUUCUGAGCUAUGCACUAAAGCAAUUGGAUACGAAUACGGCCAAACGAUUGCUCCUCGCCUUUUUGAACCAUCAAGAAACCCAAGAUCAGGUCACAGACUUGAAAGAAUCCUACUCUCACCUAACAGAAGUUACUCAAAUCUGCCAAAGCCAAAUUACUGUCCAGAUCGAUGACCGUGUUGUGAAGUUUCUUGAAAAGUUCCAUAAUUUUGACAGCUUUGCUCAAAAAAGCUUUAGCGAGCUUUUCGAGCGACUGGAUGAAGAGAAGCUAUCAAAAAUUCUUGACUGGAUCUCCCCAACGAAGGAAUUUGAUCGACAUGCUGAACUCAAGAAGAAUCGAGCACUUAACACGUAUAGAGGCCGAAUAGUAUACUACUACUGUCGGCGUAAAGAGAAAUACGAAGACCCGGAUGAUGUUAUCCGAAGUCUUCUUCGCCAACUAGCAACACCAACCCAGGGCUCCAACGAGAUUCACAGAGAUGUUCAAGCUCUGUUCAAGGAGAUGGGAAACCACGCCUCUCAACUUCCUAUAGAAACCUGCAAACAACAACUCCCCAAGUCUCUACAACAGUACGACCAAGUCACCUUUGUUAUUGAUGCGCUUGACGAAUGCGAGAAAGGCGCAGUAGCGAUCCUAUUGGAUACUAUUGAUUCUCUCUUGUCCCACACGGAUUAUCCUACAAGGAUAUUUGUUUCCGCUCGUCCAGAUAGCGAGAUCAAAAACCGAUUCAUCAAGCAUCCCAUUAUCCAAACUGACAACUCCGAUGUUCGCGAAGAUAUCGAAAUUUUCAUUGACCAGGAAAUCCCUAAAUUCUCUCACUGGAAUAAAUUUUCUAUUGAAGAGCAAAAAGAGAUAAGGGAAAAGCUUUUAGCGAAAAGCAAUGGCAUGUUUCAAUGGGUGUUCUUGCAAACGGCCAAUCUCAAGACUUGUCAAAUGCCAGAAGAUGUCCUCGAUGGCAUUGAAGAAAUGCCUACAGAGCUACCAAAGGCAUAUGAACAUAUCUAUGAAAUCAUUUCCAAAAGAAAGUCUCAAAAGGAGCUUGUUGAUCGCGCAUUCAUGUGGAUCAUGUGCUCACGUGCACCUUUGACGAGCGACAUACUCCUAACAGGAGUCGGUUUCGGCGGCGACAGCAAUACCGUGCACAAGAAGAUCAGCAAAUAUCAACUCUUGGACCUUUGUCAUAAUCUGGUCGUCUUCGACGACUCUCGGGAUCUAUGGAGAUUCUCACAUGCCAGUGUUGCGGAAUAUGCCGAAGAGAAGGGGCUGUGGAGUUUGCAGAAGUCUCACACUUACGCUGGGAUUGUUUGCCUGCGCUACCUCAUGAUAGCUUAUGGGAAGCAAGAGAGUGAUAAAUGCUUUGAAUCCAAAGAAAUGACCGCAAGCAUAAAUGCGACGGUUAAUGAAGGUGGACUUGUUUUUCCAGAUGAUGAUAAAUUCCUGGAAUAUUGUCGCCACCAUUGGCCACUCCAUAUCCAGUGCUACGAACGAAUAACUCAACCACCAGAAAAGCUAGACAUUUGUUUGAUGGGACGUUUGAGAACUUUUCUGGAGUCUCCAAACCAGAGCGGACUUGUCUAUCAAAGAUGGCAUGAACACAUCCAAAGGGACUUUGAAGGAAGGGUAUAUUUUACCCGCAUCGGAACUUCGAUCUUUUCCUACCUUAAUGUCGGAUCUUUCAAAGUGAUAUCUCCAUCCACUUUACCCGUUCUUGCGAUCUGUCGCUUUGGGCUCAAUGGUAUAUUUACCGAAUUGUGGGACAGUGGCCAUAUAUCUCCCUCGUCCACGAAUAUACAGUCAGACUGCCUGCUAGAUCUUGCUGCCGAGGCUGGAUCUAUUCAAAUAUGCAAGAAGCUUGUGGAAAGCGGCGCUAUGACUGACUACUGCCAUGGCACCUGUUCUGCUCUGUCAAUUGUUGCAGAAUGUGGCCACCGUGAGAUUUUUGAUCUCUUGCUGAAUAAUCGCACAUCUCUUGGUCUAGCUCAAUCCGAAUAUGGCAAUGCACUUGAAAAAGCAGCAGAUAGAGACAGAGCCAAAAUGUUCAAUGCUCUUCUGGCGAUUUUGACAGAUGAAACCUCUGUUGAUGUUACCGGGACUUAUGGGAAAGCCCUCAUAGCCGCCGCACGCCGUGGCAGUCUUGAGCUGGUUCAAUCACUGGUAGAAAAAGGUGUCUCUGUGGAUCUGCUUCUUGAUGACAAUGAUGGGAGUGCACUUGCAGCCGCCGCAUAUGGUGAUAGUCUUGAGGUGGCCUAUUUCCUGGUAGAAAAGGGUGCAACUGUGGAUCUGCUUCUUGAUGGAUAUUGUGGGAGUGCUCUUGCAUCCGCCGCAUGCCAUGGCAGUCUUAAGGUGGCCUCCUUCCUGGUAGAAAAGGGUGCUUCUGUUGAUCUACUUCUUGAUGAACAGUGUGGGAGUGCACUUGCAGCUGCCGCAUUUUUUGACAGUCUUGAGGUGGCCCAAUUCCUGAUAGAAAAGGGUGCAACUGUGGAUCUGCUUCUUGAUGGACAGUCGUAUGGGAGUGCACUUGCAGCUGCCGCAUGCCAGGACGGUCUUGAGGUGGCCCAAUUCCUGAUAGAAAAGGGUGCAACUGUGGAUCUGCUUCUUGAUGGACCGUAUGGGAGUGCACUUACAGCCGCCGCAUGCCAUGGCAGUCUUAAGGUGGCCUCCUUCCUGGUAGAAAAGGGUGCUUCUGUUGAUCUGCUUCUUGAUGGAGAUUAUGGGAGUGCACUCACAGCUGCUGUUUAUGGUGACAGCCUUGAGGUGGCCCAAUUCCUGGUAGAAAAAGGCGCUUCUGUUGAUCUGCCCCUUCGGAAUGGUGCUUUUGGGAGUGCACUCGCAGCCGCUGCAUCUAGGGGCGGGCUUAAGGUGGCUCGAUUUUUGGUAGAGAAUGGCGCCUCUGUUGAUUUGCUUCUUCAGGGUGGGUUUUUUGGGAGUGCGCUUGCUGCAGCUGCAGCUGGGGGCCAGAUCGAGAUCGUCAACUACUUGAUUGUCGAAGAGAAAGCUAAUUUGAACUUGCCUUUGAAAGCCGGCAGGUAUGGGACUGCUCUGAAUGCCGCUUCAUAUUGGGGGCAAACAGCAUGUGUCAAGGCUUUACUCGCUGCUGGGGCCGCUAUAGAUUUUGUGCUGGGUCAUGACGGCUUCAGCACUGCCAUAGAGGCUUCCGAGGCGGAUAUCCUUGAAGAUCGAGAUGAUGUUCAGUUCUACUGGUCUUGCUUUCAAGGCAGAGAUGAUGCUGGGCUUUUGAGAGAUAAACAGGAUUGCAGGCGAAUUUUGGAAGCAUCAUCAAGCAGAGCCGACUGA